GCCCCGCGCGCUCGCCCUCCCAUGCGUCGCGCUCGGCGCUCCUCUUUCUCCCCGCACCCAACAAAAAUGGAAUACCGCACCGGGGCGGGGCUAUUAAUCGCGCCCGCCGAGGAAAAGGCCGGCGAAAAUAAAUGAGCACUGCUGCCACUACCAGGAUUGGCAGCGGCAGCUGGCAUUGCAUCGCAGCUUAGCUAGCGCGCACUAGGGGGAGCUCCGUUCCUCGCCUCGGCCAUGGCGGCGACGUCGCUCCUGCGCAUGCGCCUGUGCGCCGCGCUUGCGCUGCUCCUCCUGCUCGUCGGAGCGGUGCCUUCGACAGAAGCUUACGACCCUCUUGAUCCAACUGGGAACAUCACAAUCAAAUGGGAUAUCACUCAGUGGACUGCAGAUGGCUAUAUUGCUGUUGUUUCCAUAAACAAUUACCAGAAGUACCGUCAUAUCCAAGCACCUGGGUGGCAUCUUGGGUGGGCUUGGACAAAGAAGGAGGUCAUCUGGGGAAUGAUGGGUGCACAGACCAUAGAGCAAGGGGAUUGCUCUCAAUUUAAAGGCAAUAUACCACACUGCUGCAGGAGAGACCCAACAACAGUUGACUUGCUUCCUGGUGCGCCUAACGGCAUGCAGGUUGGAAAUUGUUGCAAAGGAGGAGUUCUUAGUUCAUGGGUGCAAGAUCCAGUCAAUGCAGUGGCAUCGUUUCAGAUCACUGUUGGCCGAUCCGGAACGAGCAACAGGACAGUGAAAGCACCGAAAAACUUCACCCUCAAGGCCCCAGGUCCAGGGUAUACCUGUGGAGCAGCCCAGAAAGUAAAACCUCCCACUAAGUUCAUUUCGCCUGAUGGAAGGAGAACAACUCAAGCGCACGUGACUUGGGAUGUGAUAUGCACAUAUUCACAGUUUGUUGCUCAAAGAGGUCCUGCUUGUUGCGUUGCACUAUCAUCGUUUUACAAUGAAACGAUAGUUGACUGCCCAAAAUGUUCAUGUGGCUGCCAAAAUAACAUAACCAACCCUGGGAGCUGCGUCGAGGUUAAUUCGCCUUACUUGGCUUCAGUGGUGAAUGGACCUGGCAAGGGCAGCUCGACCCCCUUAGUACGAUGCUCGCCCCAUAUGUGCCCAAUCAAGGUGCACUGGCAUGUUAAGGCCAACUACAGGGACUACUGGAGGGUGAAGAUCACCAUUUCAAACUGGAACUACCGGACGAACUACUCGCAGUGGAACUUGGUUGUUCAACACCCGAAUUUCGACAAUGUCACGACAAUCUUCAGCUUCAACUACAAAGCAUUGAACCCCUAUGGAGUGAUAAAUGAUACCGCGAUGCUGUGGGGUCUCAAGUACUACAAUGACCUGCUCAUGGUGGCUGGGCCAAAUGGCAACGUGCAAUCCGAGCUUCUGUUCAGGAAGGACCCGUCGACCUUCACUUUCGAGAAGGGCUGGGGUUUCCCGAGACGCAUAUACUUCAAUGGUGAGAGCUGCGUGAUGCCUCAACCAGAUUUGUACCCAUGGCUGCCGAGCUCCUCCCCGAGACUGACGAAGACGGCGUUUCUGGCCCUGGCCAUCGUCGCUUGCGCGAUGGUGGCGUUCUUGUAUAAUCAUCUAGUGUUAGAUAAAUACUGCGGGAAGUCAUGACCCAUUGGCCAUUGAGCGCUGACGUCUUGAGUUUGUUGCAAGUUUAGGUAGAGAGAGAGAUGUUGCAUCAAAAGCUGACUGGGGGUGUGUUGUCCUGACCCAUUGGCCAUUGAGCACUGACGUCUUGUGUUUCUUGCAAGUUUGAAUCCAUUCAGAUUUCGGGUUCUUGCAA